ACGUUUGAGACUCUGCUGUUCAUUCUGACCUGGAGUGACAUCUUGUGAUUUUACUAGCACAAUGGAAGGUGCUCUAUUACUUGCUAAUUAAGCUUACUUAGGCCCUAUUGUUGCAGCAUCAUAGCCGCUGACUGCAGUGGGUACAGCCUGAUCCCAUGGACAGUGACCUACAGUAAACAUCACUGUAUUGUUUGGAUCUGAUCACAGCGACCUAAGCUGCAGGAAUGGCUUAGAGAUGUACAUUGCUUUGCUUCAAGUCUAAUACUCCCAAAAAACAGGAUCACCAAAUGGUCAAACCUGUGGCUUAGCAGACUUUAGGUUGGUGUGCUGUUUUGCCUCUGGGUGAAGCGAGCAAGCAGGUUUGCUCCGUACGUAGUGCCUGGUAGCUGUUCUGACCUGAGAGCUGCUGGGAGGUUUGAGAUAAGGAUCAGCCCCUUCAAAAAGGUAGAGUCCAAGUUCUUCUUGGGAAGCGUGCUGUGGUUUAGAUACUGUCAUCUCACUGUGAACUGGGUGGCAGAGUGCAGUGAAUGAAUCCAAGAGGAUUCCUGGGAACACCCAACCAGUUCUCAGGAACAGGAUACUGAAAAGGUUUGUAGGCUGCACUUUGGAGCCAACAGAGUUAGUACCGUGCUUUCAACGUAACUGAGCCAGGCACAAAUACCUAAUGAGCUCGCUGUGACUUAAUGGUAAAAAUGCAGCCCACAGGAACAGAGGAAGUGUUGGCGGAGGUGGUGCCAUAGGACCACAGAGGCUCUGUGGUGUGGGUUUAUUUGCAGCUGGUUCUGUGAAUUUUACUUAUUUUCUGCCCUCUGGCUGAGCUGCACAGGAACGUGCCCAGGUGCACUGGUUUUCUGUGUCCUCCUGUAACCUCUUGAUCAGAUAUCCUGGAAACUAGGGCCUGGGUGACUCGUUCCUUCUGGAGAAGGACUUGCUGAUGGCCCUGGAAGUGCACAGCCAAGCUAGGGCAGCUGAGCACAACCUGCACUUGCUCAUCAGUGAGGAAAACUGGGAAAAAUCCAGCAUGCCGCGUGGCUGAAGGCGUGUGUGCUGAUGCAGCAUGAGCCCACCUGUUCUGGCUGUACUGCUGGCGGACUUUUGUAUCCAACGUAAUAAUAUUUGAAAAAUACCAUGUUCGGCCUUGUUGCUUUUCUGUCAAAAUUCUACUCAGGUUUCUCAUUCCAGAAUGAAAACUGUGGAACAAGCAAGCUGUAAAACCCCCCAGUUAAUAAUAAGCAGAGAAUCCUGAACACCUUGGUGCUGCUUUCUGCCCACAUUAGUGUCGUCUUAACGUGCCAGAAGUGGAACUUUCCCUUCUCAGAGAUAGGAGCCUGUGUCACAAAGCGAGUUCCUGUUUUUCAACUGUCAGAGUUCCCCUUUUUUUCAGAGAUACAAGUGGAGCUGUGCUACUACUAUGAGCUGAUAUCGAUAAGGCUAUACUGCUUUUUUCCCCAAUAUUACACAGUGUCAGUUCUUCUCUACAGACCUCUCUUGCUAAUAGUAAAGGUGCCAGUUAGCUUCUUUAAUUCUGCAAACCACGGUUUUAAUUUGAGCUACUUGGCGGAGCAGUUGGUAAAGUUACAGGAUUUAUAAGGUAAAUGCGUUGUAGUUGCCACAGAGCCCUGAAUUGGGAAGACAUUUAAGCACUUGCAAAACUUCCUGCGUGAAUAUUGUCACUAAAAUUUGGCCUGUUGAUUAUCCUAAGAACUGCCUAUAAAACAGACUAAAAUGCCUAUAAUUUUGUAUUUUGAAGUAAAGAUAAAGCCAGUUUUUUCCGCUAAUAAUUCAACUGCACAAUAUUUAGCUGCACUAGCCAUGACUUAAAGGCUGUGGGGCCAGCACGUUACUUUUUUUUGUUGUUUGAAAUUCCUGCCCUGGAGAGAGAGAGGCUGGGUCAUAAGACUGCUACAGAAAACAGGAAAAACAAUCUUCCUCUUUUGUCUGUUUUACCUUUUCCUCCUAAAAUAUAUGACAACUGCUCACUCGUGGCUACUGCAGAUUUCUUCUAUCACGCACUUUCUUGUCAUUAUCGCGUUACCUUUGACCUGGAAGUGUAUCAAAAUGACUGAAGUUUUCCAUGAGAGACUUCAGAGAGAUCACUUUUUCUGAUAACACACAGUGCCCGGUGAUGAGCUGGGGAGCAAAGGCACAGCUUGUUAACGUCAAGGAGUGAGUUUCUUGCCUGUGUCUGGUUUCAUAAAGUUUCCAUUUAUGAAAUGUCACUGUUACAUUACAGCCUCUGCUCCCACUUUUUCCAGGAGUUGCUGCUUUUGGUGGCUAGGCUGUAGGCAACUCAGAGGGGUGACUCAUUUCAUAGGCUAAAGCAGAGCUCUGCUGUACAUGUGCUGCAGGCUCCUUAGUGCUGCUCAAAGGUAGGAUCCAGGGGUCUGGAUAAUUUUUUUCCAGGUGAGGAAAAUUUGAACUUUCCUAGAAACUCACAUGUGCCACCAUGUGAACCGCUUGUGCUGCUACAACUGCAGCCUUAUUGUCACAGGUCUGCAGGGCAGUAAUGCUCCCCAUGUGCCAAAAGAGGGCAGGCACUGAACAGGCACUACAAGUACCCCAGGCUCCGGGAGCUACGGGGUUGCCAGUUCCACUUAGUCCAAAGUCUUGAUGCUGGGCUAAAAGUUAGUCCAGCAGAGCUGAAAGGAGCAUGUGACAACUUUGUCUUCUAGUUUCCCACUGCGGUUGAGUUGUUCUGUAAGCUUUUUCUUCCCUAGCCUUUGGAUGUUGUUGUAUGUCAUAUGAUAUCCAGCUGAUCAAGAAAGGAGUCAACAGAUUUAUGUCCCUGUGACACCAGGCUUACCAUGCCCCAUCUGCUUUUCUACAUGUCCUGCAGCGCUCCAGAGCUGCUGCUGCUCUGUUCAGGCUCCCUGGUACAGCAAGUCAUCUCACCACACGUGAGAUAACCCUCCUGUAGCUGUCAUGGGAUAGCAAAGACCUCUAUAAUAAAGACUGGCAGAUUGUUUUACAGAACUUGGCUAUAACUAUGUGAAUCCUCUAGCUACCGAUGGAGUUACCUACUGUGGGACAAAAGGAGCUUAUGAGAUAGAGCUAAUAAGGCAACUUCUACCUUGCUCUAUUAUGAGUCAUUCAAGAAGGUACGUAGAUUUCAUGUGAAUAACCUUUCAAUUGUAGAACUACAUUGUUUGCUGCUUUGGCCAAUAUCAGGGAACCUGACUUAUCACUGAUGGCACUGAGACCAAGCAGCGUCUGUAAAGCCACUGGACUCACAAGAAAUAGUUACAUUUGAGAAGUGGUUAUGUUGUUUUUUUUUCCCCAAACAGCCAGCAAACAGGUAGCUCCAAUGACUCCAGAGAAGAAAUCCAUCUUCCCCAGGGUUCUUGAGGCAUUGUGGCUCCACACUCAGAAUCAAGGCUCAUUUCUUGGAGACAGUUGUAAAAGAAUGACCCCUUUGUCCAAGGCUGAAGAACUAGAGCAUCAGAGACCAUUCAGCUUGAACUCCAGUACAGUUCCUUGCAGAGUGUCUCUUAGAAGGGACAAUGGCAGCAGCAAACUCUGAACCCUGAGGUAUUUCUGAACAUCUCAGCUUCGUGUCUUUGCCUGUUCUAGGUAGUGCUAUGCCUUCCUACUUUGUGCAAAGGAGAAAUCAUGGCAUGAAAUACGUGCUCAGGCAACCAUGGAGACCACGCUGCUUCUUAUGACCUUGUAAUUUUGAACACAGGUCACACGGAAACUACAGAAGCAUGCAGAAACUACAGGCCUCUGGAUUGGGAAACAGCAUGAGGCCUGGCAGCAUUGACAUAUGUCAUAUAUGGGACUGAGCAAGAAAGAAGUCAGCAGAUGAAAUGUCACUACCUCAGAGACAGCUUGAGACAUGACUGUACGGAGAAGAGAAGUCGGUCUCCUCAAGACUCGAGCUUGCUUGCUGCUGGCAGUGUGCCUGUGGGAUUGGGCAGAGCAGACUCUGGCAACAUCGUGCCCUAAUGGCGAGCUGAGAGUGACUUCAAAGGGUGUGAAGAAAUGCUGCCCCAAAUGCACCUCCAGAACAGGAGGCAACAGCCCAUGUGAAGAAACUCAGGAUGCAGACUGCAAGUGUCCUCAGGGAUUCAGUUGUGCUGAUAGGUCCUGUUCCUCCUGCAAAAAAACUGAAUGUCCAGAGGGCCAGGAGCUGGUUAGGCUAGGCAUUGUUGACUACACAUACUCAUGUAAACCAUGUGAGAAAGGAACGUAUUCUAAUGGUAAGAACAGCUGGUGCCAAGGCUGGACUGAUUGUGAAAGAUCUGGACUUCUAACAAUCAAGAAAGGCAACAGCACACACAAUGCUUUAUGUGGCUACCUGGUUAAAUAUUUGGACCAAGAUAAUAUUACACGUGAUUCUCUGUACACCACUGUCCUGGCCGUCAUUACUGCAGCGGGUUUGUUUGUUCUCAUCUUGCUGACCUUCUUCUUGCAUCUCUGCAUAUGGUCUCUGAAGAAAGAAAAACACCACGCAGUUGACAAUGUGGAACAUAACUUCUCCAGGCUGCCGCUGGCUCCCCAACCAUCCCACCACAGGGAAGAGACUUACAGCUGCCAGUUUCCAGAAGAAGAACAUGGAGACAAAAUACUGGAAGAGAAACCUUACUAUUUCCAGCCUCCGAGUCUACACUGAGAACAGAUAAACUGCAGCGUGCUGUGAGAAUGAGGAGCUGAGCUGCAAAAUGAACAGAAGGGAGGGUCUGGGUGCGUAGGAAUCAUUAUGUACAUAGAAAUAAGGAAUGGAUUUGGGGGAAGUUUUCAUAGAAUCCUGGAAUGGCUUGGGUUGGAAGAGACCUGAGAGAUCAUCUAGUACAGCUCCCCUACAGUGGGAAGGGUUGCCAACGGCUAAAUCAGGCACUAGAUCUUGGUGCCCAGGGCCCUAUCCAGCCUGGCCUGGAACAUCUCUAGGAAUGAGACCUUCCAGGCUGCAAGCACACACUGCUGACUCAUGUCCAGCUUUUCAUCUGCUAGAACCUCAAGUCCUUCUCCAGAGAGGGCUGUUCUCCUUGAGUUCUUCUCAGUAUGUACACGUAGCUGGGAUUGCCCUGACCCAAGUGCAGCACUUUGUGCUUGGCCUUGUUGAACCUCAUUAAGUUCUCAUGGGCUCACUUUUCAAACCUGUCCAGGUCCCUCUGGAGGGCAUUACUUCCUUCUGCUGUAUCAGCAGCACCACUCGGCUUGGCACUCACUGCAUCACUCAACUUGCUGAGAAUCAUAGAAUCAUAGAAUUAACUAGGUUGGAAAAGACCUACAAGAUCACCUAGUCCAACCAUCCACCUACCAUCAAUAACCCCUGUCUCUAACCACCAAUAAACCAUGUCUCUCAAUGCUAUAUCUAAACAUGUCUUGAACCUCCAGGGACGGUGACUCCACCACCUCCCUGGGCAGCUCGUUCCAGCGCAAGAGAGUGAGCUCAAUCCCGCUGUCUGUGUCACUGAUGAAGAUGCUGAAGAGCACUGGUCCCAGGAUAGGCCCCUGGGGGAUACCACUCAUUGUCAGCCUCCACCUGGACAUAGAGCCACUGACCACAACCCUCGGGCUGUGACCAUCCAACCAAUUCCUUAUCCAUUGUAUAGUCCACCCUUCAGAUCUCUCUCUCUCUCCAAUUUGUAGAUGAGGAUGUGGUGUGGGACCAUGUCUUGCUUUGAUUCUUCUUAACAAACCUAGCAUUUAGAAACAACCUGCUAGGUCAGGCUGACGUUCUGUUCAGCUGCAUUGCUUUGUACAGUUUGAGUUAUGGGUUUUUUUGGUUUUUGUUUUAAUCUUUUGUUGAUGCUCUUUUUAAUGCAGUUUAGAACUAGGGACCCUUUCUGUCAUUAUUAUUCCACUUUGCAUCUUCUGCACACUCUUGUGUGAUGCUCCCCCAAACUGAUAGGUACAUAAAAGACCGAUGUUCCACCAUCAGUCGCUACAGGAAACAUGAUAUUACCUGUAGGGUCCUCCUUGUUAGGCAGCAGAGGGCCAUUAAUUUUAAUCCAUGGACCACUCUCCAGUUGCAACAGAAGUAAUUUUUAUCCCUGUUCUCUUCUAUAGCUCAGCAACCUUUGGUACCUGCAAUCCUGAAUUAAAUAAAAGAGGCUUCUAGUGAGAAUCAUGCUGUCUAGAGAAAGACAAGACUUAAUAUACUCUGGAGAAGGCUGCUUGGAGCAGGCUCAUGACUAAACCAGUUCUGGACAAAAAGGAGUUUGAGUCAGCCUUUGCAUAAAAGUUUAUGAAUAUCUCACAUUGCACCCCUUACAUCUGUUUCCUCACCAGUUCUUUCAGGUGACAUAAGCGAGAAAGGGCUUGUAAGUUAACUCCCAACAGAAUAUUGAAAUUUCUAUUGAUCAAUGAAAUGAAAUGCUCAAAGGGGUUUAUUCCAAGUCUGAAUGCCAUGCUGUUAUAAGCAGGCCUUGUAUUUCACAGCUACUGUAACUUAAAGGUAUUGUCUCCACAGAUGUGGGUUACAAGAUCUCUUGAAAAGCAGAUCCUGAAAAGUGGAGUGUUUCAUUUCUAACCUAGUCAUGUAGCUCUGUGCGCCAAGGCUGUUUAUUUCCAGCUGGUGUUUCUUGAAGCCUUUUUUUGAAGGAGGACCUUCUUGGCAAGCUUGAAUAGACCUGAAGCAUGAAUUUCAUGAUUUUUGGGCAUUCUUUUGUUGCUGAACAUUUCUUCAGUGAUUAUAUGAAGAGGAGUUACCUUGUUGCUGUUGUUUUUGUUGUUGUUAUGCACUGGGAGAUCAUACAACUGGGUGAAAUAGUUGUAGGGAGAAAUGAAGUACAAAGGGUUAUCCGUAUCCACUAUAAUGCAUUCCUUCAUAGCUCUAGUUUUAAUCUUAUAACUUCCCUGUCAUUGCAUGUAGGAUUGCUGACGUCCUUAUACCUUAGCUUUCCCAUCAUAUAAAAUGGAAAAAGUGAUAGUUCUCAACCACAAAAGCGUACUGUGGAGUUUAAUGGUACUUUCAAUGUAUUUUUGCCUUCUUUGAUCCUGCUGUUUAUUUUGCUCAUUGCUGAUAAUUUUCCCCAUAGAUAUCACUAUGUAAAAUUCAUUUCAAAAGUACUUUCUUCCAUUGCAUUGAGAAAUAUGCAGAUUUUUAACUGAGGUGAACUGGAGAUUCAUCCAAGGGAAGGUGCCAAGCAUUGGAAUGGAUGAAAUAGGACUUAGUUUGAUGUGUGAGUUUUACGCUUAGUUUGAAGUGUAGGGCUGGCUCUGCCUUGUAAGCAGGUGUACUAUGGGAUCUAAUGUACUCAGAAGUCUGAACUCCUGCUGGACAAGGCUCUUCUUAUUUCUCCUGUGCUGGCCACGUUUGGUCUCUGCUCUGUAUGGACCCUUCAUUUUUUAAUACAGUGUGUUUUUCAACUAGAUGUUGAGUUGUGACCUGCUGUAAAGGUAAAAUAAACUUGACAAUUGAA